AUGAUUAACAAUCAGCAGAACAUAGAGGGCGCCAGUAACUCUGGAACACUUGCCAAGACAAAGAUUUUGAUAUUGUCUUUGUCAUUAAUGUCUCUGUCCAGUCCUCAGGAUAGUUUCAGUGUGCUGCUGAGACGUCACGGAGGCUCCAAGAGGAACUCUCUCCUUCGCUGGUGUCAGACCCGCACACGAGACUACAAGAACAUAGAAAUCACUAACUUCAGCAGCAGCUGGGAGGAUGGCUUAGCUUUCUGUGCUGUUUAUCAUACCUAUCUCCCCACACACAUUCCUUACAGUAUCCUGACACCUCAAAACAGGAGGGAAAAUUUGGAUCUAGCUUUCCGGACAGGAGAGAGCGUAGGAAUCCCUGCAACUCUGACCGCUGAGGAGAUGCUAAGGAGUGAGGGACCAGACUGGCAAAGGGUUUUGGGAUAUGUCGAAAGUAUUUACCGCCACUUUGAGAUGUGA